AUGGAGGCUCCGAAUUCAUCCCACACCACCAACAUCAGCAGUGUUGAUAACGCCAGCCUCUUCUCUGGGAGUCCGUACACGACUGUGGAGAUAGUGCUCAUCAUCCUGGUGGCUGGAUCUCUGAGUCUGAUCACUGUCAUUGGAAACAUUCUGGUCAUGCUCUCCAUAAAGGUAAACAGGAACCUGCAGACCGUCAACAACUACUUCCUGUUCAGCCUGGCUUGUGCAGACCUCAUUAUUGGCGUCUGCUCCAUGAACCUCUACACUGUCUACAUUGUGAUUGGCUACUGGCCUUUGGGAGCAGUGGUGUGUGACCUGUGGUUGGCUGUCGAUUAUGUUGUCAGCAACGCCUCAGUCAUGAACCUGCUCAUCAUUAGUUUUGACCGUUACUUCUGUGUCACCAAACCACUCAGCUACCCAGCACGCCGCAGCACCAAGAUGGCGGGUCUGAUGAUCGCGGCGGCCUGGGUCUUGUCCUUCAUCCUGUGGGCUCCAGCCAUUUUGUUCUGGCAAUUCAUUGUGGGCGGGAGAACUGUGCCGUCAGGUGAGUGCUACAUCCAGUUCUUCUCCAACCCAGCGGUGACGUUUGGGACAGCCAUAGCAGCUUUUUACCUGCCCGUGGCCAUCAUGAUCCACCUGUACUGGCGCAUCUCCAAGGCCAGCCGCAGCCGCAUGAGGAGGGACAGCAGGAAGACAUCAGGCACGAGUAUCGGAGAAGGCCCCUCUCACAGCCAGGAGGACGGAUGUGGGAGCCAGAACAACUGCAUCGCGACAAGAGAAGCUCAGGAGGAGGCUGGAGAUGGGAAGGAUAAGGAAAUGUUGCAGCGGCCAAAUGGAGACAGCCCCUGCAAGGAAGAAGGAACUGACCAGUUGGACUCGGACAGCAUUCACGCCUCAACAUCUAAAGACACAGCUGCUGCACCUGCAUCAUCACAGAAAUCAUCAAAUGGCGGGAGAAAGACCAAUCAAACACAGCCACCUUCCCCGGAGAACUCAGCCGCUGACAGGCAAAGUCUGGUCACAAGGACACUGUUUAAGGUAACAAAGCAGAACGCUGUGGCAAAGUGGAAAAAGAGGGGCAUUUCCUCCAGGGAGAAAAAGGUGACGCGCACCAUCAUGGCCAUCCUGGUUGCUUUUGUUGCCACAUGGACGCCGUACAAUGUGAUGGUCCUGAUCAACACCUUCUGUUCCAUCUGCAUCCCGAACUCCCUCUGGACCAUUGGCUACUGGCUCUGCUACAUCAACAGCACCAUCAACCCGGCUUGCUACGCCCUCUGCAACGCCACCUUCAAAAACACCUUCAAGCACCUGCUUCUGUGCCAGUACAAGAACAUACGCACGGCACGAUGA